UUUUUAUUUGUUUGUUUAUUGUAUUUCUUCAGACAAAAGAAAUUGAGAGUGGAGCACGCUCAUCUCCCUCUUUCUUCUUCCUUUUCCCAUUUUUCACUCUGUUUCUCUCUCUCUGUCUCAGCAUUCUGAGCUCUUCCAGAGCUCCCUCUGCCAUGGCGGUUACAAUUAGCAGAAAACUUUUCCCUGUUGCUACUGGAACUACCCAACCAACCACCAAUUGUUCCGGCUGCCCUUACGACUGCCCUUUCGACUGCUACGGUAUUCCAGAUUUCUAUUACUCGCAACCGCCGCCACCACCUCCUCUCGCCGAUCACCAAAAACAGCUUCCAACUUUAAUCAUCAUCCUGCUUCUGUUCGUUGGAUUUUUCAUCGCUUUUAGUUUCUACAUCAUCGUCGUAAAAUGCCGAUCUUGGCAAAGUGGCUCCGGCAACGAAGGGACAGAGGCGCUGCAAUCGGACGGGGGGGAGGGAGAGUUUAUGAACGAGAAUCAAGUCGAUCAUCCAAUUUGGUUCAUCACCACCGCUGGACUUCAGCAAUCAGUCAUCAAUUCGAUUACGGUUUGCAAGUACAAGAAGAGCGAAGGUUUAAUUGAAGGAACAGAGUGCUCUGUUUGUUUGAGUGAAUUUCAAGAAGACGAAAUGCUUCGGCUAUUACCCAAAUGCAGCCACGCCUUUCAUAUUGGGUGUGUUGAUACUUGGCUAAGAACUCACACCACUUGCCCACUCUGUCGAGCCCAUAUUCUGACUGAUUUCACGGCUUCCAACUCUGUGAGGCCACCAAACUUAGGUCCUGUGAAUCAAAACGAAGCUAAUUUGGGUGUAAAUGAAGAAACCCAGAUGGAGAAUGAGGAAAUUAAUGGCGAAGUUUUAGUGGAAAAUGAAGGGGUUGUUUCUCGUGGGAACUUUGAAAACAGAGGAGAUGUUGUUGAUGAACAGAGAGAAGUCGGUAUUGUUCAGACUGAUGAUUCUAAAGUUGAAGGAAAUGAAAGUACGAGGAACAAUCAAAUGGAUUCUUCUUCAGCAACAUGACAUGAAAAAAAAGGAGAUCAGAUUGGUUUAAUUCUUAGUAUUGAAGAGGGUGAGCCUUGUAUCAAAAUUCUCUGCUCAAUAGAGGGAAAUUAAUUGAUAGCUUUUAAUAGAAAGAGAGGGAGUGGCUAUGAUUUGAUGGAUUGCUUAAAUAAUCUAUAAGUAAUCUUUUGAACCCAGUUUUUGUCUGUGAUUUGAAAAUAUAAGGAAAUUGAUAAAGGCGUUUGUUAUUCAUUGAA